CGUCGGUGUUUACACGCGCCCCAACGAAUAUGGCCGCCACUACACUUCCGGGUUUGGAGGCGUGCGCAGCUCGGGCCAGUCUGAUUAAAGCGAGUGAGUCACCCGGAGGCAGACAUGGCACAGGGAGCGCGGAAACUAAAAGCCCAACCAAAGAAACCCACAGCCAGGAAACCUACCGGCAUCAGGAAGGGGGGUGAGUGAUCGGAGGACAACGUGCAGCAGCUAUACUAAAUAAUAUUAUUAUACAGCUAUACUAAAUAUUAUUAUAUUAUUAUACACCUAUACUAAAUAAUAUUAUUAUACAGCUAUACUAAAUAAUAUUAUUAUACAGCUAUACUAAAUAAUAUUAUCAUACAUCUAUACUAAAUAAUAUUAUUAUACAUCUAUACUAAAUAAUAUUAUUAUACAUCUAUACUAAAUAAUAUUAUAUUAUUAUAAUACAGCUAUACUAAAUAAUAUUAUAUUAUUAUACACCUAUACUAAAUAAUAUUAUAUCAUUAUACAUCUAUACUAAAUAAUAUUAUAUUAUUAUAAUACAGCUAUACUAAAUAAUAUUAUUAUACAGCUAUACUAAAUAUUAUUAUACACCUAUACUAAAUAAUAUUAUAUUAUUAUACAGCUAUACUAAAUAAUAUUAUAUUAUUAUUAUUAUACAGCUAUACUAAAUAAUAUUAUAUUAUUAUAAUACAGCUAUACUAAAUAAUAUUAUAUUAUUAUACACCUAUACUAAAUAUUAUAUCAUUAUACAUCUAUACUAAAUAAUAUUAUAUUAUUAUAAUACAGCUAUACUAAAUAAUAUUAUACAGCUAUACUAAAUAUUAUUAUACACCUAUACUAAAUAAUAUUAUAUUAUUAUACAGCUAUACUAAAUAAUAUUAUAUUAUUAUAAUACAGCUAUACUAAAUAAUAUUAUAUUAUUAUAAUACAGCUAUACUAAAUAAUAUUAUAUCAUUAUACAGCUAUACUAAAUAAUAUUAUUAUUCUUAUUGUACAUCUAUACUAAAUAAUAUUAUAUUAUUAUACAUCUAUACUAAAUAUCAUACAUCUAACUGUUAUAAUAAAUAUUAUACAUCUAACUGUUACUGUUGGGUGUUAGAACGGCACGCUGUACGUGUUGCCGGGUGUAAGAGCGGCACGCUGUACGUGUUGCUGGGUGUAAGAAUGGGAGAUACUGGGACUGUAUAAAUUAUAUUAGAGAUUCUCUUUGGAUUGAACAAUAACUAAAACCUUUCUUUUUGCUCAUACCUUGUGUGUGUGAAUCUGUAAUCUCAUGAUCAUUUCCCCAACAGGCAGAGUAAUCGCCCCCAAGAAGACUAGAGUGAUUCACCAACAAAAACUGAAAGCUGUAAGUACCGAAUGUGACCCAGCCUUCACGUUGCAGCACGUCACUGUUUGGUUUUUAUGUUCUAAUUUAUUUCUUAGAGCCAUGCAUUUGGUCCAUUUAUCACAAUAGCCUGUGUGUCAGUUGAUCAGCUUUAUCCCUCUGCAUUUUCUAACUUCCCUGUGUGAUUCCUCCACUGGCCCUACCUCUCCAGUCUGCUCCUCCUUCCCAGGGAAUUUCUCAUUCUCCUUUAUGGUUCCUUUCACUUUCUAUCUUACCUGCGUGGCUUUCUCCAUUCUUACCUUGCAGCUAUCCCAUGUGGCUCCCUCCCCUCUCAUUUGACUCUCUCCACUGCCACUUUCUAACUCACGUGGCUCUGAUGUAGAGCCCUUGUCACUGAGGCAAUGUGUGCAGAGAGAGAACGUUGUUGAAGAUUUAAAAAGUAACAUGGUAGCUGUCAUCCUGUGUCUUUAAUGUAACUCCCCCUAAUUCCCUUUGUCCCUGUGUCCCAUCACACACUCACAUAUAUAUAUUUAUUCUCUUCUCAGAGUCUCGAAGUGCAGAUUCGUAGCAAGAUUGAGCAUGAGGUCACCAUGAAGGCCAGCGCAAACAUGCCCAAAAAACUUGCCGUUCUCAAGGCCCCGGCACAGAGCGCAGGGAAAAGUUCAAACACAAAGAACAAAAAAGGACGUGGAAAGAAAUAGCCAAGCGCAAGGAGCAUGCUGGGGGUGGGCAGUGGAAAUUAAUUUUUACAUUUUUAAUUUUCAUGUCAGAUGUAUUCACUGAGAAUCCUUUUUCGUAACAAUUAGUGAUCACGGAUAUGGACCACAUGAGAAUUUAAAAUAAUGAACUAUAGAUCAGAAAUCCGUAUUUUAAAUAAAGGUCAAUAAGUAACACUGUGCAGAUUUA